AUGCUUACAGCUCUGUUGCCCGCUUCUGCGGCAGCGUUUGCCCCCCGUGGUAAUCCGAAUGUUGUGUUGGGUCGCAAGGUUGAACAAUGGCUCACACUGACCCUCAAAAGGGUCAACCGUGUCAAGAGACCAUUGAAUAAUCCAACUCAACACACGCGAUGCCUGACAGAAACUCUCUCCUCGCCAAAUGCCAUCUGGACUCUCUGCUCUCUCAUGUUCCCCAAGGCCCCUGACUCCGAACUCCCCAAGGACGAGAACCCGUUGGUCGAUGCCAUGUUCAAUUAUCAGAUGAUCCAUAUCGAGGCUUAUGUGGUACAUGUGGACAUGGUGUCGCAAAACGAGGUAGCUUUCAAGUUGACUCCCGAAACAAUCGAGUCCUUGGUCGACUUCCACAAGGACAUCUUCUCCGUGGACACGGCCGCAAGCACCUGGGACUGGCCCGAGAAGGAAACCCAGCUCAAGAAACUGCAAGAAGAAUUCGUGCAGAUGGCGCAGGCGAGCUGCUAG